AGCGAAUCCCGGGAGGCGCUCACACGGCCGGGGAGCCCGAGUGCCGGGCGCGGGCAGGAGGCUCCGCGCCCGCCGCCCCCCAAAAAUCGGGCAGGAGGAGGAGGAAGAGGAGGAGGAGAAGGAGGAGGAGGAGGUGAAGGCGGCGGCACCGCUGCUCUCAGGGAGAGAACAAGAGCUUGUGAGGCACUGCAGAAAUGGCUCUUGUGGAGGAUGUGUUCCUGCCCACCAACCUCACCUCCAGCAACCAUAGCAGCUGCAACGUGCACAACCACCACUUGUCAACCAAAGUCACCUUCUCCCUUUUCUACAUCAUCCUGCUGGUGUUCGGUGCCUGUGGGAAUGUCCUGGCCCUCUGUAUCACCUUCCAGCACAGGAAGAAGAAACUCAACUCUACCGACCUCUACCUGGUCAACCUGGCCCUCUCCGAUGCCCUCUUCACCCUGGCACUGCCAGGCAGGAUUGCCUACUACAUCCUGGAGUCUGACUGGCCUUUUGGGGACUGGUUCUGCCGGAUCACAGCUUUCAUUUUCUACAUGAACACCUAUGUGAGCAUCUACUUCAUGACCUGUGUGAGCGUGGACCGCUACGUUGCUGUGGUACGCACCAGGCACCCCAGCAGGAUUCGGAAGAUGAGCCGUGCCAGGGGCAUCUGUGUCCUCAUCUGGUCCUUGGUGUUCCUGCAGACGGCUCCACUUCUCCUGCGGCCCAUGACGCGAAGGAUGGGAGACAAGCUGACAUGCAUGGAGUACUUCAACUUUGAGGAGAUUCCCAAUCUGCCCUACCUGCUCCUGGUGGCCUGCAUGCUUGGCUUCUUCCUGCCUGUGGGCAUCAUCUUGGUCUGCUACGUGAGGAUCAACCUCAAGCUCUGCCAGACAGCCAAGGAGAACUCGCUGACAGUGAAGAACAGGCACCACCACCGGGCCUUCACCGUCAUCCUGGUGGUGCUGCUGGCUGUCCUGCUCUGCUUCAGUCCCUACCACCUCAACAUUGUCCAGUUCAUGGUCAGGAAGAUCCUCUAUCAGCCAUCCUGCCGUGAGCAGCAAGCCUUCAAGAUGUCCCUACAAGUCACUGUGGCAUUCAUGAACUUCAACUGCUGCAUCGACCCCAUCAUCUACUUCUUCGCCUUCCGGGGCUACAAGCGGAGGCUGCUCCGCAUCUUCAGGAACAGCGGUUCACUGGCCACCUCCUCCACUGCCAAGACCCCCUCGGACAGCAACAGCAACAGCCAGCCGCCCGGCUCCGUCUCUGUCUAGCAGCACAGCCCCUCCCUUUUGCCCCGGCCUGCGACUUAUGGACCAUCCCUGAUGGCAGGAGGCAGAGUCGAGCUGCAGGACCAGCACCUUCAACAAGCUCCAUCAUUCCCCUGCCUGGAACCAGGGGUUCUCAUGAAGCCAACCUCGCAGGGACACAGCCCUGCCUGGCUCUGCCUGCCUGGCUCUGUGCUCAGCGCUGCUGGACCUGCCAGCCUGGAGCACAGAGCGGCACCUUUUCAUCUGAACCCCGGAGGAGGCAGCUUGUGCAGCUGCUCUGGCUGGCAAACCCAGCUGGAGGUUUCUCAGCACUGCACUGCACCCCUGUCCCAUGCCUGUCCACAUCCCCUAUGGGGCUCAGGUGUGCUGGUAACCACCAUGGAUGUUCCUCUGCCUCAUUCCCCUGCACUGCCCCUGGAGCACUACAGCAGCAUCCCUGCAGGGCUCAGGGCACACAGCAUGGAGCAGACAGACUCAGGGCAUUUCAGGAGAAGGCUGGAAUGUUAUCUUCAUGCAGAAGAUGGCCUACAGCCCCUUCUCCACACUGACAAACAUCAGCUCCACUCUCUCCCCACCCAGCAUCCCACUCCUGCACCUGGGCUCUGCUUGGGGCAAGCAGUAAAUGUGGGGCAUGUGGGAGAUGCUGGAAAAGCCCUCCCCCAAGGAAGAGGGGCGAGGAUGUGAAUUUGUAGAGCUCCUGGAUGUGCUGCUGCCUACAUUCACCACUUGCAUGACUGCUUCUUCCCCAGGGUGCCCUUCCUCACAGCUGAUGGCACUGCAGUCACCCUGGGACCCUCUGCUAGGAAGGGCACGGUGGGGAUGGCCUGGAGCCCAGCCUAGCUCUAAGGCUGCAAACUUGCCCUGGAUGCACAGGGUGGGGGGGAAACCUUCCCGUUAGUCCUUAAUUUGAAGGGAGUAGAGAAAUAGGCACAAGAACAGAGGGUGGCCUUAUGUGACCUUGAUCGACUUUGAAGCUGGUGCCCUGAGGAGUCGGAGAGCCUUGCUAAGGAAGUUGUGACUAUUGCCAGAGCAAGAGGAGGAGCCCUGGGACAUCAGGUUCCCGUUGAGGUUUGUGCCUCUCAGACAAGGAGAAAGUUAGCAGGAGCCUUCUCAGCUCUUUUCUGAAGUUGCUAGACUAUGAUAAAAAACCCACGCAUAGGAUUUCACAGUUCCUGGCAUGUCUGGCCUUUUGUUUGAAGUUGGAAGGGACAGACACACACAGAGACAUGAAAAGGAAAAAAAAAAAAGCUGCUUAAUUUGCUGGAAAGUAUACCUGAAAAAGUUUCGUGAAUAGACGCUUUCGAUGAAUACAAAUCAUUCUUUAAGGUAAUAACCUUUUUUAUGCCUAGAAAGUUAGUAACAGUCACAUGCAGCCCUUUAUUGUUUUAAAUGCACAUGAAUGAGCUUUUGGACGGUGAUGGUUUUAUGUAUGGUAUGGGUCACUGUACCAUCCUGAAGGCUGACUAAGAGGGAUGCCUAAAAUAACUCAGGUGGGAAACAGACUCUAGUAGGUCCUUUCUGGAGGCUAUCUGAGCCCUCCCCAAAGCAGGUCUAACCUCAGUGCUGACCUGCAGAGAGCCUUUGUCCUGAAAAGCUUAUUACAAUGGACAAGAAAGAGCUGGGAUGCAAUAAUAUAAGGGUAUCGGUGGUCUGCACACCCUUGAAAGAGUCUGGCUAGGCUGGUAAUUGCCGUACAGUUACAUUGUCCUUUUAACGUCUCUGGGAUGUGAUGGCUGGAAGGGAAUCUCUGCAUCACCUCAUCCAACAGCCUACCCAAAGCAGGACUGUGGUUGGCACCAUGUCAGGCUGGACAUGGCUUCAUCCAGACAAGGCUUGGAAACUCCAGGAAAGGAGGGUCCCCUUGCUGAGGUGACAGUUCCCACGCUGCAUUGCCCUCUGGAUAAAAACAUUUUUCCCACUGUCUGUGAACCUCCCCAUCCACAGCUGGUGGCUGUUGCCCCUAACAUCACCUACUCAUGCUAUGAAGAUCUUGGCUCUGUUACCUUUGUAACUCAAAUUCCACGGGACUGUAUUGGGGGUUGAGAAGUGGUUCGUAGCUAUUGGUCUCCAUGUGAACACCAGAGCAGGGGUCUGCAGCAGUGGCCAACCCUUCUUCUCAAGACCAAGGCAUUGAGAUGUUUUGCCAGGCCGCAGCCCACAGCUGAGAAAAAGCCAAUCUAUGACCAAGCCUUCUCAGGAAAAGCUGGAGUAUGAACAUAACCUCGUUUGCUCCUCAUUGGACUGUUUUUCUCAGAAGUACUUUAUUAAGAAAGGUACCUCUACCUCUUGCCACCAAUAGGAGACUUUGGAAUAGACCUGUUGGAGCAAGUCCAGAAGAGCUGAAGAGUUGAGUGUAGUGCUGCAAAAUGCAGGAGGGGUCCGGCCUUCCUCCUCUAGAUGGACGCCAGCCUGGGCUCCUUUAGUUUUGAAAAUAGCAAUCCAGGGACAGCAGGUUAUUAGCUGGAGCUGAGGGAACAUCCAUGGGAUGGAAAAGGAAGGGACUUGUGCAGAAUGGGUCAAGAGGAGUCUGGGCAAAGGAGAACUCUGAAGAACUCUGUAUUGCCCAGACUAGCUUGCCCACCUGUGGGUGCUCCCUGGCUGCUUGAAAAUGGAGCAUUUCACUAAAAUUGAAGAGAAACCAUACAGAGCAUUUUGUCUAGAGGCACAAUAACAUUUUCCUACACUUCACUGUUCACCCACUCGGUCCAAGCUCCUCACAUGAUGCUUGCUGUACCCCGCUGUCCCAGCAGCUACCGCCCCCUGCCACACUUUGACCCACCAGCGGUCACUUGGAAUCACAGAAACACAGAAUCACAGGACCACUUAGGUUGGAAAAGACCUCUGAGAUCAUCAAGACCAACCAUCAACCCAGCGCUGCCAAGGCCAUCGCUAAAUCAUGUCCCCAAGUGCAGCAUCUGUGUGUCUUUUAAAUACCUCUCCACCGGCUCCCUUCGGUCGCUGCUCCUGCCUUUCCCCCGGCUCCCCCGGGGUGCAGACCCCCGAAGCCCCCGGCUGGGGGUACCCGUGGCGGGGGGAGCCCGCAGGGCGCAGUGCCCGCCCCGACGGUGCCUUCGGGCGAGAGGGACAGCGCCGCUUCCCGCCGAAAGAGGGAGCCGGAGCCUUUACUCGGUGUUAAAAAAGACGCCCACGAAUCUAAGAAGACGAUGACAUCCGCGGCUGGUGCUUCCCCCACGCGUCUGCUGCUGCCACGUAGGAAUGUGGCGCCUUUCGUAAGCCGGGUGGUUGUGGCGUGUGUGGGAAGCGCACGACAGCACACUGGGAUCGAAGGCAUUCCGUGCAGAGAGUCAUAACUGCACAGUACGCAGGUAAUUCUUGCUUUUCUGCAGCCCAUUGCUGCUGUACUGUCUUCUAAGAAGAGAAAACUGCACUUUUAUCUAAGGGCAGAGAGUACCCUUUGUGGACACACAACCAUAGGUAAUACAUGCACAGAUAUAGGAUAUAGUAUACUGGCUGCAUCAAAAGCAGCAUGACCAGCAGGUCAAGGGAGAUGAUUUUGUCCCUAUAUUCAACUUUGGUGAGAUCCCACCUAGAAUACUGCAUCUGGGGUCCCCAGCACAGGAACAACAUAGACCUGUUGGAGAAAGUCCAGAAGAGGGCCACCAAGAUAAUUCAGGUUCUGGAGCACCUCUCCUUUGAAGACAGGAUGAGAGACUUGGCGUUGUUCAGCCUGGAGAAGGAUCCAGGGAAGCCUUGGAGCACUGAAAAGCUAAAGCUUUAGUACCUAAAGCUGGAGAGGGAUUUUUGCCAAGGUCCUGUUUUGACAAGAGCCUGUAGCGACAGGAUAAGAGAGAAUGGCUUUAAACUGAAAGAGGGCAGAUUUAGAUGAGGUAUUAGGACAAAGUUCUUUACUUUGAGGGUGGUGAGACACUGGAACAGGUGGUUCAGAGAAGCUGUGGAUGACCCAUCCCUGGAAGUGUUCAAGG